AUGGCUUGGGUAUCGAAAUGCCUGGCCACGUUGUCGGUGGCCAUGGUGGUCCUGGGACAGGAGCCUGAGGAAAGCACUGCACUGAAUCAAGACGAUCAGUGCGCAGGGGAUGAGCGAUGUGCCCUGAAUGCGCUGCAGCAUCGGGGCACGAAGAUUGUCGCCGAGACCAUUCAGGCCGAAGAGCUUGAAGAAGAAGAAGAGGCUGAUGACACACUCGAGUACGGGGAGGAGCUCGAGGCCAACUACACAGAGCUCAUGGAGUACGGGUGCUUCGCGAAGCCAUCGGACAUGCGCUUGUCCUGGAGAGCCAGUGGCCGAGACUUCUUCGAGCAGUUCACUUUCGUGACGCAGGACGACACGCAUGGUGCCCACAAGUACCUGAACUUUCAUGAUGCAGUCAGGCACGGUGUCAUCGGCGCCACCAGCCAUGGGUCCAUCUUCAUGAAAAUCGGUGGCAUUGAGCCGACAGGUGACCCGUAUGCUCCCUACAAGCGCCAUUCGGUCAUGGUCCACUCCAACUACGCCUGGCAACCCCAAGAUGGCAUGCUGGUUGUCAUGAAGUACAACCAUGUGCCGUGGGGGCCAUCCAUCUGGCCUGCCUUCUGGCUGAUGAACAGCGACAAGGUGUGGCCGGAUGGCGGAGAGUUUGACAUCAUGGAAUUUGCAAACGACGAGGCGAGCAAGAUCACCUUCCACACCGACAAAAACUGCAUGCUGGACCCCCGAAAGGUGGGUCAGUGCAUGCAGGGCAAGAAGAUGGGCGGCUCAGGCCCGAUGAACUGCAACACGAACUAUUGGAAGAACCUUUUCGGAUGCCGACCGAGACAAGUCCAGCGGACAGGCGAGUGGUUCGCCAAGAACCCAGGCGUCUUCGCAGCCAACUGGGACGCGGAUGGCAUCACAGUGUUCCACAUCCCAAAUCACGAGAUUCCCGCAGAUCUCAAGGCAGACAAGCCUCAUCCAGAGACCUGGGGCAAAUGGGCGGUGGCCUAUUUGCCUUAUGUCGGACACACCUGCCACAAGGACCUUGCGGGACCGCAGGAAAUUGUGAUGAACAUCGCUCUCUGCGGCGACUGGGCUGGCAACGCGUGGUUCCGCUCUGGUGCAGCGCGUACCACGGGCUUCUCCCACGGGUGCCGGGCAGACAUUGGCAAGCCUUACGAGGAUUGCUGCACCAAGUAUGCCACUAGCCAUGAUGGGCGCAUCGACCACAUGUUUAGGAACCAGGCCUACUUCGAUAUUGACUACAUGAAGGUCUUCACUUCGGCUGGUGCCCGCAGCCCCACCUUGUCGGGUAUCCACAGGCGCGGCGGUCGACCUCUGAAUGGCUGA